UUGCAGUGAAAAUAUAUGGGAAAUGUUGUGAUUUGGUUUCAGAUACAUGAAGAGGCUAGGAAGUUUGCAUAUCAAAUAGGGGUUAAGGUGGUUGUUGCUUAUGGCGGAGCUCCAAUAAACCAUCAGCUACGAGAUCUUGAGAAGGGGGUGGACAUUCUCGUCGCAACUCCUAGAAGACUGGUAGAUUUGCUGGAGAGAGCUAGAGUUUCACUUCAGAUGAUCAGAUAUCUUGCACUAGAUGAGGCAGAUAGGAUGCUGGAUAUGGGUUUUGAGCCACAAAUAAGGAAGAUUGUUGAACAAAUGGAUAUGCCCCCUCCAGGUGUAAGACAAAUUACGCUAUUCAGUGCCACAUUUCCUAAAGAGAUACAGAGACUAGCCUCCGAUUUCCUGUCAAGAUACAUUUUUCUCGCUGUUAUGAGCAAAUACAUUUGUUUUUAUAUUUAA